CCUGCCUCCACCAACAUACAGGGAAGGGACCUGUGUGUGCGGAGGGGUGUCACUUCCCCAGGGCACAGACGCAGAAUGGGGGUCUCCUCUCUACCCCUCUUCUUUGUAAUCCCUGUCGUCUUGCAGACCAACAGGAGACACAGUGAAAGCCCAACUUGAAUUGCGGGAUGAUUGUCAACUAAUUGCAGCUGAGUUGUGGACAAGACAUGGAAAAUUGCGGAAAAGUAAUAAUGGCCUUUAUUAAUUGGGGUCAUUUGCAAAAGCCAGAGAAGAUCUAUUUGUUUAAGAAAAAUUUGCUAGGACAAUAGAAACACUCAAGUAUUAUCAAAAAGCAUGAGGAGUACUUGUGGCACCUUAGAGACUAACAAAUUAUGCUAGCUAAUUUUUUUUGAUAAUCGGACAUUUUGCUGCAACUGUAUUACAGUUAUUAAUGUGCGGGACUGACAGCAGGCUUAUCAGUGCACAGAGCACACGGGAAUCAAUACAGGAGCAUAGCGUGGUGGUGAACACACAGAUACCUUUUUUUUUAUUAUUAUUAUUAAACAGGAUCAUUUUUUGUGACACUUAAACCUCAAGUUUUGCCUAUUUUAUGACUAGGUCUGAUACAGUCCACAUCAUAUUGUGUAUUAAUUGGUCUGGCUUGUGAAUGGCCCCAAAACACCAGCCUUCCUUGAGGGGGCUCUGUGUGCAACGGCCCAUGCCGCAGGCGGUUGAGUACCUAGGUGUGCUGGAGGCUGGCAUAUUAUGCCACUGCUCAUCUUUGUGGCAAAAGUUUUAGGCAGAGAGACUGAAGCAGGAGUUAUUCUUAUACAACAUCAUCUUGCUCUGCCUUUUGCUUUACCUCUUUUAAAGCUUUGGGGUGUCUUAUGGCUUGGUUGGUGCAAACAUCAGGGUCUUGUGGUUUUCCCAAAAGAAAGCGACCGUAUCGCUCAGUUAAACACUAGUGCUUGGCCGGGUCCUGCUGCAAAAAUCAUAUUUGGUGCACAUUGACGGUGCCUAAUGUCAACUUUAUUAAUUAGCUCCUCCUCCCCCUGUGCCUGGGUUGCAAUUAUUGAGAAUGUCAGUGACUGUAGGUGGUUAUUUUCCCCCUACCUUCUGCUGCAGUGUGUGGCUGCAAGUGACCUGCCAAGAUUAUCAGGGUCUAGCUCACUUACUCAUUUCCCUGCCAUUUGCGGCAACUUUGGGCAUCGGGGCAUCUUGGUCCUUCCAUUCUCUGCCUGUGGCACAAAGUUGAGGUUCCAGAGGGCUGUAAUAUUUGGUUUCCUUUUGGUUGCUGGGUGGUGGUGGCUUGUGAUAUACAGGAAAUGAGACUAAACUCGAAGACCCUGUGACAAGCUAUCUCCUUGACUGCAGAGCUGGUGUUCAGAGCCUACAUUCUGCUCCUCAGGGUCAGAGGGUGCUUUUUGUUAUUGGGGGGUUGGACUAGAUACCCAGUAACCUGUUCAGACAAAUGAAAAAUACUUAAUGCACACUGCACAAUCUUGCAACUAACUCCUUGACAGGCGGGGUUGUGCGUUGGUGAUGGUGAUGGUGAAGUGAAGGAUUUCAGCCCUUUACCGUUGCCGGUAGCAGGUUUAUCAGUGGACUCACUUCUUCCACCCACUGCAGGAGAGGUAAAAAUUUUCCACUUUAUUCACUCCUUUCAUACACAGCGGGUUGGUUCCUACUCACUUUCUUUCUUUGGUUUCUAAUCCCAGUUGCACACGGGUGAGUCGGGAGCUGCAUUCUUAGCACUAACAGUGCCAUGGGCAGUUCCAAGGAGCCCCGGAAAAUGCCACACAAUCCCUUCCACGCAGUCGGGAAGGUUAACGUCGGUAUCUCAGUAGGGGCGGUGCCGACUGAUGUUAUACAAUGCUUUGUGCAUCUGCUUGUGGAGCAUUGGACUCACCCUGUCGUUACCCUAGAGACUGGAUGUAUUGCAGAACGGUUAAGGGACCAGCUCUCAUGUUGUUUUGGACUCACCUAGGUAUCUGAACUCCACAUAGAUACAGACACACAGGAAAUCUGAUGCUAUCGAUCAAAUUUAGGCAACUGUUUCCCUGGAAAGGAGUUGACCAGUGGCCUAAACCUUGCCACAUCAUUGCCAUUUCUCCUUACCAGGAAAAGCAUUGGUUAAAAUACAGAUAAAAUCACAAGUGAAAUGAAUCGGAUUUAGGCUCAGGCUAAAGUCAAGUACCGGCCCAUGAUUUGGAAGCAUUAGUGUUCUCUGCUGUGGUGGUGGGGGCAGGGCAGUCUAGUAGCUCAGCUGCCUGUCGCAGUUGUGAAUGAACAUGGGACUGUGCCUUUCGCUCGCUGGCGCACGGGAAGACUGCCUUUCGCUCGCUGGCGCACGGGGAGACUGCCUUUCGCUCGCUGGCGCACGGGAAGACUGCCUUUCGCUCGCUGGCGCACGGGAAGACUGCCUUUCGCUCGCUGGCGCACGGGAAGACUGCCUUUCGCUCGCUGGCGCACGGGAAGACUGCCUUUCGCUCGCUGGCGAAACUGAAACUCAUCUCAUUGUAGUUUAACAUGACACAUGCUGGGCAUGAUGUGAAAUGUUCUGUUCACCUACCGGCCGAUUCCGAGUAUGAACUGGAACUCUUGGCCUACCUCUGCACUUCCUGUGGUUUCUCUCUGCAGAGCACGGUUGGAGGGUUUUGCCGUAUGCUUUGCAAGGUGACUUCAUUCUGGUGCUACACUUCAGCCAGGAGAGCUCAGCAUCAAGCCUCUGCUUUGUGAAGCGUCUUCAGAGGAUCCCGUGUGUUCGUUGGAAUUUUCGCAUGAGAUAAAGUGGCCUGGGGCUGGUGGGUUUACCGAGCGUAGACGCUUUAGCUGCAUUUUAACCAGAGCUGGCUGAUGUAACACCACAACUCAAGUUCUCACCCCAGGACAGAGCGCGCCUGAUCUUUUGGAAAGAAGAGGCUAAUCUAGGCUAUCCCCACAGAACUUGGUCUCCGGCAGCAGAAAGCAUGGCCAACACUUCCUGUGCCAUGGCAGGGGGACACUCUAAUGCAACAAUAGUGGAUUGUUAUGUGGAAGCAGACUUCCAGUACCAUCUCUUCACUAUCAUCUACAGCAUUGUCUUUGUACUGGGACUGCUAGAAAAUGUCUUGGCUCUCUGCCUUUUGAUCUGCAAGGUCAAGCACAGCUCUCACUCCUACAUCUACCUCAUCAACCUGGCUGUAGCAGAUACCUUGUUUGUUUGCAUGCUGCCCUUUAAAAUCCAUUACCACCUGAACCAGAACGAUUGGAUCUUUGGAGAUAUGGCUUGUAGGAUCACCGGGACCUUGUACUACAUCAACAUCUACGUCAGCAUUGCCUUCUUCACCUGCAUUUGCGUGGAUCGUUACGUGGCCGUGCUGCACCCCUUCGCCUACAUCCGGAUCAAAGUCACCCACUACAGGAUAGUGGUCACAGGCUUUUGGCUCGUUGCUGUAAGCAUCACGAUCCCACUUAUCCUUGGGGGGCCCCUUCACAACAAGGGCCCAGGGAACACGACUGCGUGCUUUGAGAACUUCUCGCCGACCAGCUGGACCCAUCGCAUGAUGCCCUACAAUGUCUGUGCCUUGCUGUUCGGCUUUGUCAUCCCGUUUGCCGUCAUCCUCAUCAGCUACCCGCUCAUCGCCAAGCGGAUCGCCCACACCAGACGCAGCAUUCACAAGAAGAAGGCCUCGAGGACCAUCUACCUGAUCCUGCUCAUCUGCAUCCUGUGCUUCCUGCCUUAUCAUCUCACUCACCUACUCCACUUCCUGAUGAGGGUCCAGCUCAUCCAAAGUUGCCUGUUUACCAACUUAAUUUACAAAAUGCGCCGGGUCACUUUGGCCCUGGUCAGUUUCAACUGCUGCCUGAACCCCAUCCUAUACUACUUCACGGCUUCCAGCAAGCCAUGGCGGCUCGGCCUCAAGUUCAGAUCCAAAACCAAGGUUUAUACCAUCUGUGACAGAAAAUUCAAUGACUAUCCUUAUAAAAGCAAGCCAGCAGCAAGACCACCACCACCGCAAUUGAAUGAAAUGCCUUUUUUAAAACAAGGUCAGUAAGUGAUUCACCCACAGGUUACGGGUUCAAAUCCACCCGAACUUUGAGGAGGAGGAGUAUUCAGGUGAGAUCAGGUGGUGUCACUCCACUUCCUAGGAGACUAGAGUGUUAAUUGGCAAGGGUGGGCUCAGCAGACACCAUGAAGAUAAAACACAUUAGCAGAGGUGCCUGUGUUGUGUAUAAAUAGGACUUCAGUUUUCAGAGCUGUUGAUCCCAACUAAAGUGGGUCAAGAAUGUAUGGCAGUAUUUCCACUUCAAUGUUACUUAUUAAGCAGUACAAAAAAAAUCCUUUGUUUGGAAAGUGGUGACAUUGGAGGCUAAUUUCCAAAGUAAACAGAGCAGCUGGCUUUCUGCUAUUUAAAAUAUCCUUGUAGAAUAAGAACAAUUCCAGUCUCUGUGUAUAGCAUGAAAUAUUAGAUUAUUAAUAGUUGACAAAUUAUCUAAACUAAUGGACCUGCACCAGUACGGUUUGGUAUACUGACUACUUGACAGUCAUUUCAUCAUCUGUAGCCGCCUCUCAACUUUCUUAGGUAUCUUUGACUGAUCAAGGCCUGGGACUCAGGGCUAGGUUCUAAUCCCAGUUGCUUUGCAGGACAUUGGCACAUCAUUGAAUCUCUGCCCAUCUAUAAAACGGGAAUAGCUAAGCACCUGCGUGUUGUCCCUUUAUUUGCUGAACACUGUGAAAGUUAGCUUUGCUUUCUAUCUGAGGGAUGUCUUCUUGAUAAAAGGCCCCCUGGGGAGUACAGCACCUCAGCUUGCAUUCAGGCUUCUCAGCUAUUGUUUACAGCCGUGUAAGCAGUUACUUAUCCACUACUGCAUAUGCAUAAAUAUUAUGCUUAGUUUGAAUCCCUCAGGCCUACUUUUAACCCCCUAUCAGUGUUCUGUACUAUUCCAGCUGCCCCUAUGUUCAAUGCAGAAGUAACAAGAUAAUUGAAUCAUUUUGUUCACAUGCUUCAAAGGUGGCGGAGUGAAUUAAAAUGCUGUUAAGAGGAGCAUCUUCCUGUGCUGUUCGUAUGUAUGUUGAAAAAGCAAAGUGCUGGCACCAGAAUGUUUUUUAAUAUUACAAAAAUAAAUGUGAAUGGAAAGA